ACCGAGUGGCAGGCCGGAUGGAACGUCACAAAUGCUAUACAGGGUAUGUUUAUCGUAAGCUUCCCGUACGCAGUGCAACAAGGCGGCUACUGGGCCAUCUUCGCCAUGGUCCUUGUUGCGUACAUCUGCUGCUACACGGGGAAGAUCCUCGUCCGCUGUCUCUACACGGAAGCGGAAGACGGUUCACAGGUGCGAAUACGUGAUAGCUACGUUGAAGUCGCUGAGGAGGUCAUGGGCCGCGCCAUCGGCGGUCGCGUCGUCAACUGCGCGCAGAUCGUUGAGUUACUGAUGACGUGUAUUCUGUACGUCCUAUUAUGUGGAGAUCUUCUGGACGGAAGCUUCCCGGGACUUCUUGACCUGUCCUCUUGGAUUGUCUUGAGCACAUUCUUCUUAUUGCCCUGCGCUUUCUUGCAGACGCUCCGAAGUGUCUCGUGGCUAAGCUUCUGGUGUACGGUCGCGCACAUGGCCAUAAACGCCAUAAUCAUCAUAUAUUGCUUCACUCGAGUAACGGAAUGGCACUUUUCCGAAGUUGCGGUUAAAAUUGAUAUAUGGACAUUUCCAAUUUCUUUAGGAAUAAUCGUGUUCAGCUACACAUCGCAAAUAUUUCUACCUACACUUGAAGAAAAUCUAGUUGAUCGCAAGAAGUUUCACUGUAUGAUGCACGCGACGCACGUGGCUGCAGCUGUGUUCAAGGCCGUGUUUUCUUACAUAGGAUUUGUGACAUUUGGGGUCGUUACACAGGAAGUGAUAACCAACAACCUGCCGACACAAACAUUCAAGGUCAUUGUGAACAUGAUCUUAGUUGCGAAAGCACUUUUGUCAUAUCCUCUCCCAUACUUCGCCGCCGUUGAACUGAUUGAGACCGCUCUGUUUAAAGGACGGCCUACCACUAUAUUUCCAGAAUGUCUAAACAAAGAUAAGGAGCUAAAAAUUUGGGCAAUCCUUCUUCGAUUUGGCCUGGUUCUUUUCACAAUGUUUCUAGCUAUCGGGAUUCCGUAUUUUGCUAUUCUCAUGUCUUUAAUCGGAAGUUUCACCGGGUGUAUGCUAUCCUUUGUCUGGCCGUGUUUCUUCCAUCUGAAGAUAAAGUGGUACAGGCUUAAAUGGUACGAGAAACUCGUUGACGUCAUCAUCAUACUUCUUGGUUGCAUAUUUGGCGGGAUUGGGAUAUAUUAUUCUGCGCAUGCGCUAUCACGUGUUGUGCGAGGACUUCCGGUUGAUCCGCAGACGAAGAUUCAUAUUCCAGUUGCUCCUAAGUUGGAUGUUGCAAAGACUGAUGAUUAA